AAGGCUAGUUCUAUGUGUUCUAGCAGUCUUAUUUGAGAGUAGUGUGAGAGAUGACAAUAGGGCCAGUAUAAUAAUUGUUCGAGUCGGACUAUUUCGUUCCUUGGAUAGCCCCGCUAACAAUCCAAAGAAUAAUGGCAGACGCACACAGGAUAGAAGAUCCACAUCUGUACCACCUGUUUGAUGGUGAGCCAGUGCUCAAUGUAUACAAGUCAGAUGUUACAAACCUUUCUGCAGGAACACCGGGUCCUGACCUUCUGAAACAGUGUAUUGAAAUGUUCAAACAUGCGACGGAACACAGAAUGAAGAAGGAAGAAGAACAUGCAUACUUGUUCCAGUAUGGCAUAACAUCAGGUCUCUGGGAGUUCAGGGAGGAGCUGGCCAAGUUCCUUAGUGCAAAGUAUGGUGACAAAGUACACAGACAGAACCUUAUCCUAACAUGUGGAGCAACUCAUGGCUUGCAGAUGAUCUUAACCACGAUUGUUCAACCAAAUGGUGUUAUUUUUGUUGAAGAAGCUAGUUAUAUGAUUGCCCUGGAUGCACUCAAGCAGUUCAGUGGUAUGAAAAUGGUUACAGUUCCCAUAGAUUCAGAAGGGGUUGACAUAGCAGCUAUGGAAAACAUUGUAAGGGAAGAGAAAUCCAAAGGGUCUUGGAAUGUGACUGAGGAAAAACCAUUCUGGGCAGUGUUUUACACAAUUCCAAUAUUUCACAACCCAACUGGGAUAACACUGCCAAAAAAACGUUGUGAGGCAUUGGUGAGGGCUGCCCGCAGUUUGGAUUUUCUUGUGGUGUGCGAUGAUGUGUAUGUUCUUCUGCACUAUGGAAAUGCUGUGCAUCCACCCAAGAGACUUUUUGCUUAUGAUGCAACUCUAGAGGGCUAUGCAGGUGGGCAUGUUAUUUCCAACUGUUCCUUCUCCAAAAUUAUGGCGCCUGGUGUAAGAGUCGGCUGGCUGGAGGCACCUGCAAGACUUAUAAAUACCUUUCGUGCUUCGGGAUAUCUUAGGAGUGGUGGAGGUGUCAACCAGUACAUGGCAGGUCUUAUAACCAGCUUGCUUGAAUUGGGUUUGGAGGAAAGGCUGUUGGAUAUUCUGGUAAAGACUUUUAAGGAACGGAUGGCUGCAUUGUGUGCCACUCUGGACAAGUUUCUUCCUCCCAGCUGCUCAUACCAUAGGCCAGGAGGAGGUUACUUUGUGUGGAUCACUCUUCCAGAGUAUGCAGACAUGAAUGUGUUCGUUCCAUGGUGCCAAAAAAAGUACAAACUCUCAGCAAUUCCUGGUAGCAAGUUCUCUCUGACUGGAGGCUGCAGAAACUAUCUGAGACUUGCAAUUGCCUUUCACAGCAAGGACACACUAGUAGAAGCUGGCAAGAAGCUUUGUGCAGCACUUGUAGAGUUUCUGAAUGCAGCUGAAUAGUACGAUUUCAUGUUUAGUUCCUGCAUGAAAUUGAAAAGGAUAAUGUAGUCUAAUAAAUUUUGUCAUAUCCAAA